AUCAAUCAGUUCGUGCUUGCAACGAAUAACGAGCGAUUCUUUGCAUUUCAAGUUUGAGAAAGGUUUUAAAAAUUGGGGCGAAAAUGGUAAAGUUUCAAUUCAAAGGAUUGAUUUGUCCGGUGUUCACACCAUUCACACAAGACAAGCGAACCAUCGACUACGAUGUCAUCGAAAAGUAUGGUCAAUACUUGAAGACGAAAGGAAUUCAUGGUGUUUUGGUGAAUGGAACCGUUGGCGAAGGAACUUGCCUUCGUUUUGAAGAGCACAAGCGCUUGGCUGAGGAAUGGUUGAAAGUUUGCCGCAAACACGGUCUUACAAUGUUGCUGACCAUCGGCGGUGUCGGAGUGACUGAAGUAUACGACUUGGUCGAGCAUGCAGAGAAAAUUGGCGUCGAUUGCAUUACUCUCUUGCCGGACUUGUUCUACAAACCCAGAACCGAAGAAGAUUUGGUCGACUAUAUUAAGGAUGUUGUUAAACACUGUCCAACUCGUCCAAUUUACUAUCACCACAUUCCGACCUAUACCAGCGUUAGAUUGAACCUCCUUCGCUUGUACGAAUUAUUGCAUAGUGCUAUCCCGAACUUUGAUGGCAUCUACUACAGACACACCAACAUCGAAGCCGCCACAAAUUUGUUGAAAGAAGGUCAUAACAUUAUCUUGUCCACCGACACCAUUCUUGUUGGCGUAUUGACUCUUGGCUUCGAAACCAUAUCAUCGAUCUCGUUGAAUUUGUAUCCGGAACAUGUGACUGAGAUCUAUGAAUACGUUCUCAAUGGCAAAUGGCGUGAGGCUCGUGAAACCAACGACAAACUCUUUCAUCGUAUCAAGGGUGUUGUGGCUCAACAAACAUUCGACUGGGUUGAACUCUUGAAAAGAGAAUUCAACAAGAUGGCUGAUUUCAAAGUCGGAGAAACACGCAAACCAACUAUUACCUGGAACCCAUGGAACAGAACAUAAUUCUUUUAACGGCACAAACAUGGAUCGGAUUUCGGCAAAUGAACUCUAUUAAUACGAACAUAUUUUAAAUAAAUGAUAUGAAACUGCA